AUGAGGACGGUGGUGGCGGGGGUUUGCUGGGGCGGAGUGGGGGCCUUUGCGGCAAGGAACAGACGGGCAUAUCCGGUGGAGACGGUGGUCAGGUGGACAGAUCCGGUGGAGGUGGUGGUCAGGAACAUGCGAUCAGAUCCGGUGGUGAGCGAGCCGGUGGAAGCGAGGAUCAGGUGGACAGAUCCGGCGGUGGUGAGCAAGCCCGUGGAAGCGAGGAUCAGGUGGACAGAUCCGGUGACGGCGCGCGAGCCCGUGGAGGUGGUGAUCAGGGCCAAAGGCAAGUCCCGGGCCGAGCCUGAGAACCCGACGGAAUCUUGUGUCUCCUUCAAGAUUUCCGAUUUCAUCGACCCUGUGUUCGUUGCGGAGCUGGGCAAGAUGCCCCUGUCGUUGUACGCCGACACCCGCUUUGCUGACAACCGCAAGCAUGUGCAGGGCUUUGCUUCUCUGCGGCUGGCCUGCUGUCAGAUGCUUGAGCGGAAUGCUGCCUCCGGAGGCUCCGGCAUUGAAUCAUGGUACAAGGAAGACAAUCUUCUGACGCUUGCGCAGAAGAAGGGGCGCGCCUGGUCAGGGAUCAGUGCGAUGACGGAGGACGAGGCGGAGAGCCUUGGUUUCAAGUGCUCGUCAGGCUAUGACGCCACCAGGUCCGCCUUCACAUACCGCAAGGAUGUGAAGGAGUUGCUUCGUGGUGGGCUGGAGAACGGCGACUUCAUCCGCGACUAUGACAUGAAGGCCAGCUUCCCAGCCGCCUUCUUGGAGAGGCACCCCUCGCUGCUUUGGGUCGGCAGAUGGGUCAACGGGUCCUUCAUGGACACCGCAGUGUGGCAGUGGUGCGAUGAGGCCGGCGUCACAACCCUUCCAGAGCCGCUGCGGAUGUACUGGCAGGAGAUCAGGACCGGCAUGGGGUUGGACGUUGAGAGGUUCCCAGAGUUGGCGAGGAGGCUGGCCUUGAGCGGCCGGGAGGGGCAGGCGCUCAGGGAUGCAGUGUGCUACGUUCUGAACAGCGAGUCCGAGCGUCGCCACUUGGAUUCUGCCUCGCAACGCAUCAAGCGCAUUGCCAAAGUGCGUUGCUGCGAGCUGGACGGCCUGGUCGUCGAGCGACAUCCGGCAUCCACGUGGGAGCACAUCGAGGAGGCCCUCGGCAACCGCUUUGCCUACAAGCCAUAUCGCCCUCGGGCCGAGCUUCUGCAGACUGUGGCCCACGCGGCCGGACUAGAGAUGCACCUCGCAUUGUGGCCGGCGUCUUUCAGGUGGGAGGAGGAGGAGCAGUACGCUAUCCAGUGUGCGCGGCGACUGAAGGAUCCGAACUGCGCUCCGCCAGUGGUUUGGUUGGCCAGGAUCUCGCCGUGCGCCGGCAAAGCCUUGGACUUCUUCAAGUCCAAGGUUCUCCCGAACGGCAUGGUGUGGGAGUUGUCACACGGUCAGAUCGAUGACGAGCUCGAGUGCGACAUGGUGCGGGCGCUGUGCAGCCUGACAGGGGUCGCGGAGCUGGACGCCCCUGAUGCGUUCGUGACGGGCUCGCUGACCCGCAACAUCGCAAACCGCUUGGCUCAGCCGCUGUUCGAUGGGCGGUUCCUGGAGCGAGUUGAUGGCGAAGACACUUGGCAGCUCGUCACGUUUGCGUGCGGCACCACCCUCAACAUCAGGACCGGUGAGGUCGGAUCCGCCUCGGCCCAGCAGUGCAUCAAGCGCCACCUGGACUACGCGUAUCCCGAGGAGCAGUUGGGCGCGAUCGCUGCAAAGGAGCAAGAGCUCGGGACGAGCUGCCUGGAGGUCUUCCGGGAGAUCGUCGAGUGGGAGGGCCACCCGCUGAACGCCGAGGUCGCCGUGUACCCUGAGUCCAUCCGCAAGAAGCUGGAACUGCUCACCGACGAGCAUGGUGGGUGGCAGGCGACGGUCUUCCGGACCAUGAAGGCCCUUGGUGCUUGCCUUGGCGUUAGCCACGAGAACUCUGUGUUCGACUUGGGAGAGGAGGGUGACAACGGCAAGGGGGUCCUUGCAGCUGCCUUCCGCUCGGUCUUCGGCGGGUACUACGAGGAGCUGCCCGUCCAGGUUGUGUCAAAGGACAUUCCCAGCGGAUCCGCGGCCUCGCCUGAAGUCUACAGGCUGCAAGGCGCCCGCUUUCUGGGCACCCCGGAAUCCGAGAAGUCCAUUGCCAUCAAGAGCAUCUGGGUGAAGCUGCUGGCGGACCAGAGCACCCGCUGGGUUGCCCGCACCCUUUACAAGCAGGAACACGAGUUCAGGAUCCCUGCCCUGUUUGCGCUGUCCACCAACCUGAAGAUCAACUUCACCAGCAUCGACUCCGGCGUGAGGCGCCGGUUCAUCGGCUGCUCGUGGCCGGUCUCCUUCAAGUUGGCUCCGGUUGGGCCGUUCCAGAGGCCUCGCAUCCAGGAGGACCUCAAGAGCGGGGCUUUCUACACCACGGAGUUGAAGGCGGGAAUGAUCCACGUGGCCACUGCAGCCUUCCAGGCAUUCUGCACUGGUGGAGGUGGUCGCCUGGAGCGGCAGCCUGCCGUCAUCAAGAGGGCCAGCCAGAUCUUGCUGAACAGCGAGUACACUGAGUUCAUGCAGAUGUUUCUCAACGAAAGCACGCAGCAAUGCAUCGGCAAGGAGGCCACGUUUUU